AUGGCCAUGUGGGUCACCGUGUGGUGGCUGGAAGACAAACUAGUGACAGCCAUACCCGCGUCGCAUAUCCCGACAUUCAACAAGGAUAAGAUGAGGGUUGGACAUGACAUAGAGGCGCAGUGGACCGAGACCGACGAGCAGUCCGGAGAAACUGUCACGAAGCUCUACCCUGCCAGGUUGCUUGGAAUAGGGUCAAGGGCAACCAUGAUGAAUAAGCAAAAAGAGUUUGCACAGAUCUUUGAGCCAAAGGAGGACAAAGAAACCAACGAAGACAGCGGAGAGGGGCGUUCGGGAAGAAAGCGGACGCUGUCCCGACGGAUGCUGGAGUCCCUCUCUUCCCCCUCGCAGGAACAGCUAGAGGGCGUGGAAAGUAAUGAGGCUGUGGCUCCAAAGAAGCUGCCAAAGAAGACCGAGAAGGAGAAGACUGAGAGUGCUGCCACGCAGAAGAGUGAGAAGGAGAAGAAGAAGGCGAAGAAGGCUGGGAAGGAGAAGAGGCUGGUGCUGAAGAGUGCUGUCGAAGAGAAGAGUGAGAAGGAUGCUGCAGAAGAACCAUCCGCAGUGGAGGCAGCAGCUGCAGAGAGAGAAGCAGCAGCCACGGAGAGAGAAAAGGCGGCUGCAGAGAGGGAGAAGGCAGCCGCAGAGAGGGAGAAGGCGGCCGCACAGAGAAAGGCUGCUGCUGAGAGGGAGAAGGCGGCCGCACAGAGAAAGGCUGCUGCUGAGAGGGAGAAGGCGGCCGCACAGAGAAAGGCUGCUGCUGAGAGGGAGAAGGCGGCCGCACAGAAAAAGGCUGCUGCUGAGAGGGAGAAGGCGGCCGCACAGAGAAAG